GGUGGGAUUUCAAAACGCCAGAUAUAUUACCCGCCCGCAUUCGUCACCGUCGUGUAAGGCGGCUGGGUCACGAGUCUACGUUCUACGUAGCGAACGGCCUCGAACGGCCCGCAUGCGGGGAGAUAUCAGCGGAUGACCCAGUGGGUAGGCCUCCAAGAAGCGUUCUCCACGGUCAGAACGACCCUACCGACCAAUGCAAGUAUGACUUGCUUCAUCACCUGAUCCGUAUAAUCGGCAUAAUCAUGCCUCGUGCCAGUUAUCGCUCUUGAAUUUCUCAAGGAUGUCCUCGAAUACAACGCUCCAUGCGGGCUAAUGCCGACUCGGACCCCCGCUCUCGCAAGGUUUAUAAUGCCACAUGCGUCAAUUUGCGUUUUUUCAUCACCCUGGUUAUAGGUGUUUAUCACUGCGCGAUCUAUGCGAUUGAAACUGUCUAUGAAAAUCAAUCUAUUGACUGUGUCGCAGCUUCUGCUUGCGCUAGAAGCUUUAUCCUCUCCGACAACCACCGGAUCUGCAUCCAUCGUCAACUUGGGUUAUGCCCAGUACCAGGGAUCAGUAGACACAGUGGCAAACAUUACCAGCUUCCUUGGAAUACGGUAUGCAGCUCCUCCAGUCGGCGACUUGAGAUGGGCAGCUCCGCAGCCUCCACCAACCGUUUCUGGGGUUCAACAAGCUAACACGCAACCAAAUGAAUGUUAUCAAGCACUUGUAGGCAACUCUUCGACGAACCCUUUUGAAAGCACCUCUAUGAGGAAAAGGGCAGUCAGUCAGUCUGAAGACUGUUUAUUCUUGAAUGUAUACACUCCUGGAAGUGAAGUGGUGGCCACUUCGUCAGGAGGGCUCCCAGUUGUCGUUUGGAUUCAUGGAGGAGGGUAUAUUUCAGGAAGUGCAAGCUUAUUCAAUGGGGCAGAUCUAGUUGUGGAGUCGAAUCACGGUGUCAUCACUGUCUUAGUCCAGUACCGCCUCGGACUACUUGGUUUCCUUCCUGGAGAAGCAGUCAAAGAAGGGGGUGCACUCAAUGCCGGACUGCUCGACCAGAAUUACGCGUUACAGUGGGUACAGGCCUAUAUAAGUGACUUCGGUGGCGAUCCUACAAAGGUCACGAUUUGGGGAGAGUCUGCUGGUGCCGGUUCCGUGAUACAGCAUCUUGUUGCUCAUGGAGGAAACACGCAGCCUCCUCUCUUCAGUGCUGCCAUGACGAGUUCCACGUUCUUGCCAUCCCAAUACAAUUACAAUGACCGAAUUCCGGAGAUGCUAUACAGUGAGGUCGUCGAUGGAACGAAGCAAGUACUUUCAAAGGUUACAUGUGGCCAUUCCCGAUCUGAUCCCUCAACUUAUAGCUGUACUUCAAAAUUGGAUACCCUCUCUUGUUUGCGCGCUGCCGACGUCAAUACGCUGCAAACAUUGAACUAUAACAUCAACGUCAAUGGUUUCUUUGGCGUGUUCGUAUUCGUCGCUGUUGUUGAUGGCACUUUCAUCUUGGAGAGGCCUACUGUGACGAUCAGCAAGGGUCGUUUGAAUGGCAACUAUCUUCUUGCCGUAACCAAUUCGCAUGAAGGGAACAUCUUCGUAGACCAAUCGACGACAAUGGAUGUCACAGAUUAUGUCAAGACACUAUUCCCGAACUUUGGUUCUGCUCAGGCUGCUGGAGCAGUGACGAUGUACCAGGACCAGGGAAGUAACGCCAAUCAGGCAAAUCUUGUGAUGGGUGAAUCAAUAUUCGUUUGCCCUACUUAUUAUCUCCUCAAAGCAUUCGGAGAGCGAGCUUGGAAAGGCGAGUUUGCAAUUCCAGCUGGUCUGCACGGAAGUGAUGUCGCAUACUAUUUCACCUCGAGUGGUCCUACAUACAACAAUUCCCAGUUCAUCACUGCGUUCUCGAAUUCAUUCAUGGCUAUGGCCAUGUCCAACACUCCCGACGACAGAUACUCCCCCGGGGAUAUCACACCUUCCUGGAAAUCUUGGCGACAUGGUUCCACCGAGAUGAUGUUCAAUGAGACAUCUGUAGGAGUGCCUGACGUGUACACUUUCAAGACUGAUAAGGCCUUGCUCGAGCGUUGCGCCUACUGGCAAAACGUGACGGCGUAUUCGGUGCAGUGA